AUGAGCGACGAUGAAGAGAUUCGUGUUGUACAAGAUCAAAUAUACGAUGAAUCAAUGGAUGUCAUCGAUGGAGAGGAUGUGGCCAGUGUAUAUACGCCACAGCCUGGUAGUCGAAGGCCUCCAGAAAGCCUAGGUUCACCAAGAACUGGCCUUAAGCGAUCAAAUCUUUUAACCGUUCCAGACAAAGAAUCUAAAUUUGUCUUAGAUUGUUCCAAUUUCAAUUUUUUAGCACCAGAUUCCAAUGGACCAGCUAGUCUGCCGAAAUUUUCUCGUGAACCACCAAUACAUCAUCAACGAGACGAAAGUCCCGGUGUUAGUCCGCGUGAUGAUGAUACACAAGGCGAUUCAGAUUAUGAUCCGCCGUCAUCACAAAUCUUAAAUGGUGGUGCUGGUGGUCAAAAACAAUAUAGAGCACCCGAUCCAAAUGCAUACGAUCCAUCCUUGUAUAGAGAUUUACCAGUGUCGGCAGAAAUAAAAGAUAUAUUUAAAUGUAUUGAAAAAUUUCAACCACAAGACAUCGUACUUGAUACAAAAUUAAGACCAUUUAUUUCAGAAUAUAUACCAGCUAUUGGUGACAUUGAUGCUUUUCUUAAAGUACCACGACCUGAUGGAAAAGAAGAUUCGCUUGGCCUUGCUGUGCUUGAUGAACCAUCAUCAAGACAAACUGAUCCACAUGUUCUUAAGCUUCAACUACGUUAUACAUCCAAACAACCUAUAAGUACAAGUUUAACAAAUGCUAUUAGACGUGUAUCAAAUGCUGACAAAAAUCCAAAAGCAAUUGAAGAAUGGGUACAUAAUAUUAGUAAAUUACAAAAAGCCAAGACAGUUGAUACUAUUCAAUAUCGAAAACCUAUGCCCGAUAUUGAUAGUUUAAUGCAAGAAUGGCCAGUUCAAUUUGAAGAACUUCUUAAAGAGACAUCGGUACCACCUGCUGAUGUUGAUACAGACUUAGCUACAUACGCUGAUAUUGCAUGUUCACUUCUGGAUAUUCCUGUGUAUGAAUCACGUAUUCAAUCAUUAAAUGCUUUAUUUACACUCUAUCUUGGAUUCAAAAAUUCUGAACAUUUCAAAGCAAUGAUGAAUGUUUCGGAACAACCAAUGCAUCGUGGAGCCAAUAAUAAUGGAGCCGAUCAGAUGAUUAUCGAUUAA